AUGGCCGCGUCCACCCUGUCCGUCUGCUCCAGCGACCUGAGCUAUGGCAGCCGCGUCUGCCUGCCUGGUUCCUGUGACUCUGGCACCGACUCCUCCUGGCAGGUGGACGACUGCCCAGAGAGCUGCUGCCAGCCUCCCUGCUGUGUCCCCAGCUGCUGCCAGCCCCUCUGCUGUGUCCCCAGCUGCUGUCAGUCCUCCUGCUGUGUCCCCAGCUGUGGCCAGUCCUGCUGCCCUGUCCCCAGCUGCUGCCAGUCCUCCUGCUGUGUCCCCAGCUGUGGCCAAUCCAGCUGCUGUGUCCCCAGCUGCUGCCAGCCCCCCUGCCUGACCCUCGUCUGUGCCCCAGUGAGCUGUGUAUCCAGCCCCUGCUGCCAGGCGGCCUGUGGGCCCAGCCCCUGCCAAACAGUCUGCACUAGCUCCUGCCCGCCCUCGUGCUGCCAACAGUCUAGCUGCCAGCCCUCCUGCUGCACCUCCUCCCCCUGCCAGCAGGCCUGUUGCACACGCAUCUGCUGCAAGCCCGUCUGUUGCAUACCCAUCUGCUGCAGGCCCCUCUGUUGCACACCCGUCUGCUCUGGGGCCGCCCCCUGCCCCUCGUCCUGCUGCAGACCCUCCUCCUGCGUGUCCCUCAUCUGCCGCCCCGUGUGCAGGCCCGCCAGCUGCGUGCCCAUCUCCUCCUGCUGUGCCCCCGCCUCCUCCUGCCAGCCCAGCUGCUGCCGCCCCACCUCCUCCAUGUCUGUCAUCUGCCGCCCCCUGUGCUCCCGCCCGGCCUGCUGCCUCCCCACCUCGGCCCAGAAGUCCUGCUGCUGA